AUCUACCGCUGCAUUCCAUUAUAACACUAUAGACUCUCCAGCAUUUGCAUACUUUCUUCAGAGCUAUUGAAGUGAAGAUGGCUGACUUUGUCUUGGGUCCUAUUAUUGACGCCACCAUAUCGAAGGUGAUUGCAGCCGCUACUCAACAAAUCCACCUUGCAGUCAGUUGGAAGGCAGAGCUCAAAAGGCUUUGCAGCAAGUUGAACAUGAUCCAUGCUGUGUUGCAAGAAGCAGAAAGCAAGCAAGUUGAAGUUCCAGCUGUGAAGCUUUGGCUUGAGAAGCUCAGAGACGUGGCUCGGGAUGCUGAGGAUGUUUUGGACGAGCUUGUUUAUGAAAGACUGAAACAGGAGGUACAGAUUCAAAAGCAAAUGAAGAAGAAGGUCUGUCUCUUUUUCACAUUUUCCAAUCCUUUCAUAUUUCGUCUCAAGAUGGCUAAUAAGAUUAAGAAUCUUAUUGCUUCUAUAGUCGAGAUUAAUGAAGAGGCUACUCAAUUUGGACUUCAGUCUAGACUUGCUAUCCAUGAACCUAGAAGCAACCCUCAAACAGCAAACUCCUCUCUUGUUUAUUGUCCUAGAAUCAUAGGAAGAGAGGAUGAUGUGUCAAAAAUAGUUGACUUGUUGGUUGACUCAAGUAAUAAGGAGCCCCUUUCUGUCAUAUCUGUAGUGGGUAUGGGGGGUCUGGGAAAAACUACGUUAGUAAAAUCAGUGCAAAAUCAUGAGAAAAUAGUGAGGAAUUUUGGUAGAAUAAUGUUCAUUUGUGUGUCUGAAGAUUUUGAUGUCAAAAGAGUCCUAAAAAUGAUGUUAGAAUCUCUUACCAAAGAGGGUUGUCCAAUUGAUCAUGAGGCUACCAUAGUGGGAAAAAUACAAGAUGAGUUAAAAAAUAAAAACUAUCUGCUCAUCUUAGAUGAUGUGUGGAAUGAGGAUAAAUUGAAGUGGGAAGCCUUAAGGGGUUGUUUGCUAGAAAUAAAUAAAAAUAAGGUGAGUAGAGUAGUUGUGACAACUCGAAGUGAAAAGGCAGCAUCCACAAUGGGAACACUUAGAGAACACAUGUAUCAUCUUCAAGGACUAGAAGAUGAUAAGUGUUGGUCUAUAAUAGAGCAGAGAGCAUUUAGAGGUUCUUCAGUACCUAAUUUGGAGUUGGAAGUGAUUGGAAGGCAAAUUGCUAAAAAAUGUAGAGGUGUGCCCUUAGUUGCCAAUGUCAUUGGGGCUAGUUUGAGCAAUCGAAGGGAUAGAGGUGAAUGGGAGUUAAUUAACAAUAAUUUUGAUGCAAGCAGUUCACUGGAAGAUGAUAAUAGGACAUGGAUUGUUCGAGUUUUACAACUGAGUUUUGAUCGCUUGCCCAACACAACAUUGAAGCAAUGUUUUGCCUUUUGUUCCAUUUUCCCCAAGGACUGGGAAAUUGAAAAGGAGAUGCUAAUUCAACUUUGGAUGGCUGAAGGCUUUCUUCAGCCAUCACAAGGAAGUUUGAUGGAGGAUAUUGGUUACAAGUAUAUCAAUGACUUGUUAUCAUAUUCUUUGUUACUGGAGGAGGAAAGAGAUUCAACAGGAAAGAUUAAGUCAUGUAGAAUGCAUGAUUUAAUUCAUGAUCUUGCCACUUACAAUUCAAAAUCUGAAACACUUAUGUUGAAAGCUGGUUCAGAGAGCAACAUUGCACAGAUGCCAGAUAGCUUCAAAAGGUUACGCAUUCUUAGCUUUGAAAAAGAUAGCCUUCGGAGAGCUAAUAUUGAGCAGUGGCCAACUUGGAUCGGCAAGAUGAAGCAUUUGAGGUAUCUAGACAUUUCAUACACCGACAUUAAAGAACUACCCCAGUUUAUCAUGGAGUUGUAUAGUUUGCAGACACUGAGGUUCAUGUAUUGUUUUCGGAUUGUAAAACAGCCAGAAGGGGUGGAAAACUUAGUCAGCUUGAGACACAUUUAUUUCAGUGAAAAAAGCUGUAUGCCACUCAGAAUUGGUAGGCUAAAGGAUCUUCAAACGUUGCAGUUAUUUGUUGUCGGUCUACAAGAGGGAAGUCGAAUUGAGGAAUUGGGAUGCUUGAGCCAACUUGGAGGUAAAUUAACAAUAUGUCACCUAGAGCAUGUUGAAAACUACUCAGAAGCCGAGAAAGCAAAACUUUCAGAAAAUAUUGAACUUUAUGAGUUGAGUUUGGAAUGGACAGAAAGAAAUACAGAAGAAUGUAAUCAUGAUGAAGAUGUGUUAGCAGGCCUCAAACCUCCCCCAAAUUUGAGAAACUUAACUAUACUAUGCUAUGGAGGUGAAAAAUGUCCAUCAUGGAUGGAUUCUAGUUUGAGUGGAUCAUUUUCGCUCAACAAUUUGGUGGACUUGAACAUCGCAGCAUGUGGAAAGUUGAAAAGCAUGCCAAUCAUGAUCGGGUUAUCAUCUCUUCAACAGCUUCGAAUUAGUCAUUGCCUUGAAUUAACCAGAAUCGGAGAUGGAGUAUUUGCCUUUCCGAAGUCCCUCAGACGACUAGCCAUUUGGUCAUGUCCUAGGUUGGAAACAAUUGGGGAUGGUAUUUCGACCCUCACAUGCCUAGAAGAGUUAGAUCUAGAGGAAUGUGAAGAUCUGAGGCUCAUUCCAAUCAUGAGGGGGUUAUCAUCUCUUCAACAGCUUCGAAUUUUAACUUGCCUUGAAUUAACCAGAAUCGGAGAUGGAGCAUUUGCCUUCCCGGCGUCUCUCAGACAACUACGCAUUUGGUAUUGUCCAAGAUUGGAAACAAUUGGGGAAAGUAUUUCGACCCUCACAUGCCUAGAAGAGUUAGAUCUAUAUGGAUGUGAAGAUCUGAGGCACAUUCCAAGUGUACAUGGGCUUUCCUCUCUAAGAAAGUUACUUAUUUCCGAAUGCAGUUCAGUGGUGAGUCUACCAAAUGGACUGUCCUCCUGCACUGCUCUUCAAGAAUUGAUCAUAAGGGACUGCCAUAAUCUGAUCUCCAUCUCAGAAGACUUGAAGGAUUUGCAUUCUCUGGUUGAUUUAUGUAUUAUGAGAUGUGAAAAUUUGAGGACUAUUCCAGAGGAGAGCUUCAGCUGUCUUGUCUGCUUGGAGUAUUUGGGAAUUGGUGAUUUCUCAAAAGAGUUGGAGGAAUUCCCAUAUCUUAAUUCCAUCCACCACCUCCACGCCUCCCUUCAAGAAUUAUGGUUGCAUGGGUGGGAAAAACUAACGUAUCUACCACCUCAAAUUCAACACCUCACUUCUCUAAGGCAUUUGACAAUAUUUGAUUUCAAUCAAGUGGAAGCUUUGCCAGAGUGGUUAGGAAGCUUGUCAUCUCUUCAAACUCUCUGGAUUCACAACUGCGCAAAAUUGAAAUAUCUGCCUUCUGCACAAGCCAUGCAACGCCUCUCCAAGUUGCAGUAUCUUGAAACUACUGAAUGUCCAGGGCUCAAAGAAAGAUGUGCAAAGGAAACCGGCCUUGAAUGGUUCAAAAUUUCUCACAUUCCAAACAUCCGAAUAGAAUUUGAGUACAUCCAAGGACAUGAGCCCUUUUUCUGAGACUUAAAAGCAACAACAAAAGUCAAAUUUAUCAAUUCAGAGGGUUACUUAUGGCUGCUUCAAUUCUCUUAACCUACAAUGCUUGUAAAAAUUCUUUAAAAGAAUUGAAAAUGGGUGGUUUUCUCGAACUAUUUAUGUACGUACAUGUUGAGUCUACUGGAAGUGUUUGUCCACGAUUGAGUCUGCAUCUUUGUAUACAUAUAUAUGCAUAGGUCACUGGUUUACAGGUGCCUAAGAAAUCCUCAUCAAUCUAGUAAGUUCUUAGAACUUGUAGCAUGGUCUUUGAGUUGGGUUUUAUGAACUAGCUUCAAAAUUUUUAUCAUACAACUUGUUAGCUUAUUUGAAUUAAUUGUAUAAGGAAAUAAUCAAAGUAAUGAUGAGGGUUUACUUGGUUUUAUGUUGUUUUCUAGGGAUUCCUAUGCACUUAAGAUGAGCAAGCUCUUGCUGGUUAUUUUUAUGAUAUUGUUUUGAACAGCAGCAUCUUGAAUAUUAAGGAUUUUGAUUAUAAGAGUUCUAUAAAGGGGAAGCUUUGAUACAAUUGUUGGAGAACUUGUUCAUUAUUGGAAGACCACAUUUCUACUCAAUCUGAAAUAAUUGCCUUCUAAUGGAGCCAUGCAAUGCCAAGAGGUACUGACUGAUUAGAAGUUUCUUGCAUUCCAAUAUUCAAGUAGAAUGAGUGCAUCCCAUUCCAAGAAUAUUGAGCUUCUCAGGGCCAUCCAAUGCGAAGAGGUACUGAUUGAUUCAAAGUUCCUCACAUUCCAAUAUCCAAGUAGACCAAGUGCAUCCAAUUCUAAGAAGAUUGAACAUCUCAGGUAUUUUUAUUAAACCUCAGCUUCUGUAAAAACUUCCCAUCCAUCGCUAAGUUUAUCCUCACCAUCACCAUAUUAGUAAGCACAUUUAUCUUUUUGUCAAUUCAGACUUCAAAGCAACACCUGAAAUCAAAUUUGUCAAUUUAUAUGGUAGUCCCUGGAUGUUCCAUUUUUUUGCAGGGCAAUACAUGAGUAAUACUUCUAGAACUUAGCCUUAAACUUAGUGUCACUCUGUAAAUUGAAGCAGAAGAAGGAAUUAUGUCAUACAUGACUUUUAAGUUUAUCAUAAAGUUCAUUGUUGUUUGUUUGUUAUCUUCUUCGCUGAUUAUUUGAUAUUAAUUUCUGUUUCUUCAGCUCUAGCUGCAGUUGUGCAAACUUCAGUUGUUAGUAGACGGUCCCUUACUUGAAUAUCAGUGCCUCAUUUCCAAUUAGUGUAAACCACAUUCUUUCAGAGAGAUAGUUAAAGGUAUGUCACUGCAAAACCUCAAGAAAUGUUUUUGUUGUGGACUAUGUAGUUUGGCUUUGAGAAUCAUAAAUAAACAAUCAGUCUGAUUAGUACUUUCUUGCUUUCAUAUAUCAUCUACUUAAGGAUGAGCAAAUUUUGUGCUAGAGGCUCAAGAUUUUGUUCUGGAUGGCAACAUCUUCAAUAGCAGGAUUAUCAACUUCUCUGAUACAUCAAGGAGCUAACUAGACUUUGCUUUUCUGCACUUUGAUUAUGCUAUAGAGACUUACUACAUGACAAUGGCUGCUACAUUUGAAACAUCUACCGUUUUGAUCCCAAUGGCAGUAGAAUUAUAUGGGUUAUGAGUUUUGAUAUAAGAUUUGGUGAACAGAGCUUCUACUGAAGAUAUGGUGAAAAAAAAAAUUCUUGAUGUUUGUUUGUACUUUGAUAUUCACAUAGUGAAGUAUUCUUCCUAAUUCUGUCUGCACACUAAAUCUGUUUCUUUAAACUUCUUUGAUUAUCCGUUUUCGUAUCUAAUGGUCAUGCCGUACCUCAUGUCUAAAACACUAUCUGUAAUGGUGCACUCUUUUGGGUGUUGAAGUUUAUAUAUCCAAUGAAAGAUGUUGCUUGCACUAGUCUUAAAUGUUCAACUUCGACAUGUGUUUAGGGAAGCUAACAUGUGUACUGAUUUCCUGGAGAAUAUGGGUCACAACCCCCCUUCUUUUGUCAGUCAUCAU